AUGGAACAAAACGAAGAAGAAACUAUCAUAAUUGCUUGUUUGUUAGCUGAAGAAGAGGAAGAAAAAGCUAAGAAUUCUAGAAAAAGGAAACAUAUUAUCUGGGUACACGAUAUUUUCAAGAAAAGAUCGCAACAUGGAGAAUAUCACACACUGUUUCCUGAUUUGCUAAACGAUGAUGCCAAAUUCUUCCAAUAUUUUCGCAUGACUCAAGUUAAAUUUAAUACUCUUGUUGACAUCCUGAAACCACAUUUAUUAAGACAGAAUACAGCAUACAGGGAGGCUAUACGACCAGAAGAAAGGCUUGCUGUGUGUGUUCUUAGCUACUGGGAACUCUUCGAUCACUGUCGUUUUCCUUCAGGAUUGGUGAACGAACAGUGCGAAGAAUUGUGUAUUCCACCUGCGAAGCCAUUAUUCAACACCUACAGCCCAUAG